AUGUGGUCAGAAGUUGGAGAGCGUACCCUGUUGGGACCAGCCCUUAUCAAAGAAGCUGAAGACCGUGUGGCAGAAAUCAGAGAAAAGUUAAAGGCAACUCAGUCCCGUCAGAAGAGUUAUUCAGAUAAAAGAAGAAGAGAUCUAGGCUUCCAAGUUGGAGAGUUUGUAUAUCUGAAAGUUUCACCAAUACGGGGAACUCAUCGGUUCCGAGUGCGUGGAAAGUUAGCUCCUCGGUAUAUUGGACCGUAUGAAGUGUUACAGAAAGUUGGUACAGUUGCAUACAAGAUACAGCUACCCCCAGAGUUGGCAGAUGUUCAUGAAGUCUUCCAUGUAUCUCAGCUGAAGAAGUGUUUGAGAGUUCCAGAAGAACAAGUUACAGAAGAUACCCUGGAUCUACAGGAUGACCUUCGAUAUCAAGAGGUUCCAGUAAAAAUCUUGGAUGUUGUCUCUCGCAAGACCAGAGGAUCAACAGUCUACGCCGGAGAGUUCGUCGAGGAGGAGGAGGAGCUGGUGCCAGGAACCCCGGAGUUCGAGCAGGACCCCCUCGAGGACUUCGACGAAGGCAAGUCUCAAUCCGUCUCCCUUUGA